GCAUUAUCAUGUGGAGGGGAGGGCGCCCCGUUCUGGUUGCUGAAGCGUUGACUCUGUUUGCAGAAUCGGACAUUUCUUGUUGUCACACUACACCUCGUCUCCUCAGCAGGCAGCGCCUCCUCUCCGGAUGGAGUUGGUCACAGUGAUCAGUCCUGAAGAGAGCAACCUGAGGCUCAUACACGCUCACGUCUCGCGCGGUGUUUUCAGGCUUCACGCGGAAUCUCGCCCUUUUACCUCAGCGCUUUAAACUGAUUCAGAUCCACCCGAUGGUGAAAUACUGCUCAGGAUGAUGGAGGAUCUCUGAAGAACAAUUUUAUUUACACUUGAAUUGCAUAUUCUCUCUCCCUUCCUCAAUGGGCUCCCGCAGCCAAGGUUUCUUCCACAACCAGCAUCACCACCAUCACCACCACCGCAGCUCCACGAUGCCCAGUCCGGCUGUGCCCAGACUGAUGGCUGAACCGGGCAGCCUGCUCGGUGGCAUUGCCCAAAUCACUCCCACGUUGUUCCUCAGUCGCGGUGCCGUAGCAUCCAAUCGUGGCCUGCUGCUGUCCAAGGGAAUCACAUGUGUAGUGAAUGCCACCAUCGAGCUGCCCAAUUUCAACUGGCCACAUGUGGAGUAUGUAAAGGUUCCACUGGCUGAUGCACCACACUCGCCUAUAGCGCUGUACUUUGACAGCGUAGCAGACAAGAUCCACAGCGUGGGGCGGAAGCGCGGCGCUGUGCUGGUGCACUGCGCCGCUGGUGUGAGCCGCUCUGCCUCGCUCUGCCUUGCCUACCUCAUGAAGUAUCAUGGUGUGUCGUUAGCUGAGGCACACGCCUGGGUAAAGGCUCGACGGCCGGUCAUCAGGCCCAAUGGUGGCUUCUGGCGCCAGCUUAUUGACUACGAGCGCAAACUCUUUGGCAAGACCUCAGUGAAGAUGGUUCAGACGCCGUACGGAGUCAUUCCCGAUGUUUACGAGCGCGAUCGUAGGAACCUGGCACCUUACUGGGGCAUGUAAAGAAAGCAGUGGGGGCUUUUUCAGGAAAAAAAAAAAAAUGGAAGCGGUGAGAGGGAGGAAGACAGACCGGGUUGAGAUUCCAGGUGACAUCAGCAGUGACCGACCCUGAGCUAUUCCUGAUUAGGAAGAUGAACUGGAAGUGGGAGGCUGAAUCAAAGCCUUUAGGGCACUGUAGGGAAGUGAUGCAGGUUUCUUAAUCUGCUCGAUAGUGUGAUGACGUGCCGGUUCUGCUGGCAUUUUCUUCUUUUUUUUUUUUCUGAUGCAGCAAUCUGUUCUCGAUUACUGGUAGCAUUUUCAAGCAUAUUUUUGAACGGGAUUGGUUACUGAAAGUAACUAAAAGCCUCAAAAAGAUUUAAAUGAAUAAAUUAACUAAUAAAAAUAUUAGACUCAUUAUUUAAAUGUGUACAGUAACAUUUUGGCUAUUUAUUAAAGCCAUAGAACCUUUUUAUUCCUGAACUUUCCACCAACACAUAAGGUCCAAGUGAACAUUAUUUAUAGGCUUCUUGUUUUUGCGUUGUUGAGGUUUGGAUUAAACCCAUUUAAGUGAAAAGUCAAACCAGUCUAAAAUAACUAUAAGAACUCAAUAGCCAAAUGUAACAACUUGAUGUGUGGCUUGAUGAUUGAUGGUGGGUUGUGAUUUUCAUGACUGUAACAAACGAAAGAAAUCACAGACCGCACUAAAAGAGAAGCUACUGAAAGAGCGAUCUGCUUUAUGAAAUGAUUUUAAAGGGAAUAAAUAAGCAUCAUCGUGGAUUAGAGAGUUUUGGGAAUCCGAACUAUGGUGCUGCUAAAAAAAAAAAAAUUAAUAAUAAUAAUUUAAAAAAAGACAUUUGGGAGCAGUGUAGUUGUUUUGGUAUAUUUUCUAAUUCAAAUAAUAAAGUCUUUUUUUUUUCAGCUAGAAAUUAUUAGAUCCUUUUGAUACUUUUGCAGUUUUAUUCUUAGUUUACAAAUAAUUAAUUGGGGUUUUUUCCCCCUUAUGAUCAUUUCCUUAUUACACACUAUUUCACAUGAUUACGACUGGAGAAAUGAGCUGGGAAAGUAUUCAAAAUGUUACAUGUAAUUUUGUCGGAUAAGUCAUGGUGUAUGUCAUGAAAUAAUAUAAAAAGCUGAAAAGAUGAAUAAUGAUGUUGAAAUUAAUAAAGUGUUAGAAGAAACAAA